UCAAUAGUUGAUUAUUACUUAUAAAUUAUAAUACUUAAACUACUAUGAAUAUAUACAUUUAUAUAAUUAUAAAUAGCUAUAUACAUUAAAUAAGCUUGGCAGAUAGUUUAGGUGUUCAUUUAGUAUCUUUUAUAUAACAUAAUAAAAAAAAAUUGAGUUAAAAAAGAAAAUUAAGAACUUAUUUGGACUUAAUUUUAUACUUAUGCAAACCAACAAGAUGAGAGGUCGCCCUCCAAAGGCAAAGUCAACAUGUACUAUGUGCAAUGACUCAAAGCAUCCUUUAAAUUAUGUAUUACCUACACAAAAUGGAAAAAAAGAAUUUUGUUCUGUCAAUUGUCUUACAGAAUUCCGAAAAGAAUAUGUUAAGAACGGAUGUGCAAAUUGUGAUAAUAUAAUUAAAGGCUCUCCAGUUAAACAAGAAAAUCAAGAUUCUACACCAAAAAACUUUUGUUCGACUGCUUGUUUAAAUAAACAUCAAAGAAAAGAACAAACCAAAAAAACUGUAUUUGGAGAUGUUCAAGUGGAAAAUCCAUUUUCUGCUCAUGGUAAUCCAGUAUUUGAUUGGGAUAAUUAUCUUAAAGAAACUUCAAGCUCAGCAGCUCCUACUUAUUGUUUUAAACAGCAUGAAGUAUCCCCGGAUAAUGAAUUUAAACCAAGUAUGAAAUUGGAAGCAGUUGAUCCUCGGAACAUAACAUCUAUGUGCAUUGCAACUGUCAUAGGUGUUGUUGGCCCUAGAAUACGUCUUCGUCUAGAUGGAGGAGAUAAUAAAAAUGAUUUUUGGCGAUUAGUUGACUCUUCAGAAUUAAAACCCAUUGGUUACACAGAAAAAAAAGGUGGAAUGUUACAACCUCCACUUGGCUUUCGUAUGAAUGGUUCACUUUUCCCCAUGUUCCUAGUGAAAACCCUUAAUGGAGCUUUUUAUUCUCCAGAUACUGCUUUUAAAUCUGAACCAGAUACUCCUACUGAUAAUUUAUUUAAAGUUGGUCAAAAAAUUGAAGCAGUUGAUAAAAAAAAUCCACAUUUAAUUUGUGUAGCAACUAUUGGUGAUGUUAAUAAAAACAAUAUAUUUGUUACAUUUGAUGGAUGGAGAGGUGCAUUUGACUAUUGGUGUUCAUAUGAUUCUAGAGAUAUAUUUCCUGUAGGAUGGUGUGUAAAAAGUGGCCAUCCACUGCAGCCACCUGGUCACAAAGGAUCUCGUUAUUCAGGGGGUAGACCAAAUAGUGCACAAUCUUCAGCAAAUAUGAAACACAAUUUUAAUGAUUCUAUAAAUUUAACUCCAGAUAGUGCAAGUGAUCUUGAAGCUGGUAUUCAAGAAUCAUGUUCUGUGUUUAUAAACCACGAGUGUAAGUGUGGCCCAUUUAUGGAUUCUUCUAAAUUAUUUGAACUUCCCAAGCAAUUAGGGCCUGGAUUAGUACAAAAAGUUUUAAAAGAUACUAUACAACAUUUAGUAAACACUGCACAUGAUAUACAAUCGGUUACAACAUUGAUGAAGAAACAAGGUGAUAGUACAUGUACAAUAACAGCUACAUAUGAAGGAAAAUCUCGAGUUUUUAAAUUACCAAAAAUUGAGAAAACAGAUGAAUUUUGGGACUAUAUCAAAACUCUGUUAGAAGAUCUAUCAUGUUGCAAAAAUUUGUUAAGUCCUGCUUUAAAUGUUUGUUCCGAGUGUAAACUAGAAAAGAACGUGAACGAAGUAAUAACAAACGAUAGCAAAAGUAUAAAACGACAUGGUUCACCAGAAAGUUCAACUCCAGAUGAAGUAACAUUAGUAACAAAAAAAUUAUGUACAACAGAACCAGAAAUGGAAGCUGCAUCUUCAACAACACCAACUGAAGGUCCAUUAAGAUUACCUGUAGACCCUGCAGAAUGGUCCGUAGAAGAUGUUAUACAACAUAUAAAUUGUAUAGACUUACAAUUAAAUACAUUUGCUGAUCUUUUUAGAAAACAUGAAAUUGAUGGGAAAGCUUUACUAUUAUUGAACUCUGAUACAAUGAUGAAAUACAUGGGACUUAAAUUAGGGCCUGCUUUAAAACUUCAAAAUUUAAUCAAUAGAUUAAAACCUCGACGGAGAUAAAAGUGAAUAGCAUUGGGAGCUUAUUAUUCAAGGUUGAUAACAGUGAAUUUUAGAUUAUUAAAAGUUGUUUCUCCAACUAUUAUAAUGUAUUAUGAAUGAUUGGUGCUUAGGUAAUAGAUAUUUACUAUGAAAUCACAUAAAUUUAAAAGUUUUUUAGUUAUUAGUAAUUAUGUUUUCCUUAAUAAAUAUAUUAUUUUAUUUAUGACAUUUCUAUUAACUAACUUUUAAAUGAUUCAUUUUUGUUUUCUAAUUUAUAUGGAAAAUGAUAUAUUUUUAUCUGAUAAAAUAUAAAAUAUAGGUAUAGUUUUCUUAUCUCUAAAUUUUGAACCAUAUUUGUUGUCAUUGAAUCUAAUUAUUAAUUAAUAAUCAAUAUGUUAAGAGGAUGUUACAUAUUGUAUUUUUACCUCUGUCUACACCAUAAGACUAAUAGUAAGCUUUAAGUCAAUAUGCAAUUCAACUAAUUUAUUUUCUCUGUGCUCAGUGGUGAUUAAACAAUACACAAAUUUGGCAUGUUGUACAAUGGAAAAAAAUUAAUAGUCAUUUGUACUUUUAAUAUGUUUCAUACUUUGUUUUUAAGAAUAACUUUCUUAUAAUUAGUAGUGUAUUAUCAAGUUUUUCAGAAAUUACUAAGAAAUAAUAAUUAAAUACCAUAUGAAUUUUUAUUAGAAAAUAUUAAUUGUUGUAUGAAUUUUAUUUUUUUUGUACCAUAAAAUCAGAAUAUUUUUCUUUGUAAAAUGGUUUUUAUUGGGUAUAUUUAUAAGUUUUAUAUUGCCUAUUAUAUUAGUGAUUGAAUUAAUUAAAUAAUAUUAUCGUAAGUAUUAAUUUAAUAUUCUGGGAACCAAAACCUCGCUUAGCACAAACAUUAAACUAUAGUCCAUAAUAUCCUAUUAGCUAAAAUUAUUAGUUUAAUUAGUAGUAACAAGUAAAUAACUAGAAACAAAUAAUUUUAUAAUAUUAAAAACGGUAAUUGUGAUCAUAUGAAAGUUAUAACAUUUUACACUCCAUGGUUUUGUACUUUUAAUUUAUGUUAUUUUUUGUUAUUAGCUUUAAUUUAUGUGUAAGAUAAAUCUGUAAUAUUUUAUCAUAAUUCAACUUUUGUAAUAUAGGUUUAUUUGAAUUUAUUUUUAGUAAUAGAAAUAUUUAUUUUAUUUAUUAAUUAUAUUGUAAUAUUAGUAGCCGCAAUGGGAGAAAAAUGUAAUGGCAAUUGUUUCUGUGAUUUUAGAAAUAUUUUGAUUGAUUGUAUUGAAAAUUAUAUUUUUUAAUAAAUAUAGUAUUUUGUUUGCA